AUGUCGAAUAGUUUGCCACCAAAUGUAUCAGGAAAAGUGCGAGGAUAUUUAGUGCUUGAAAUAGAAAAUAUUUUGUGGAAAACAAGUAAAACAUUUACAGAUGUAAAGACCAAUAUUCUGUGGUGGGGUGAAAAAGAUGGAACUUUAUGCGAAGAUAUAAAAAUUGAAAUUGAUAAAAGAAAGUCAAGAAGUUCAUUAGCUACACUUAAUUACAAUAUUAAAACUACCAAAAUACUGUUCCAAUCUUAUUUGUCUAGUUGUGAUCCUAUUCAAAUUGACAUUUUCUCAACUAAAACCGGAGAUUUUAUUGGUUCGUGCAGAUUUUGCAUUUCUGAAAAAUUUCGUCUGAUCAAAGAAGGAGAAGAAAAAAGUGAAAGAUUUUGUGCAUCGAUUUUAAGUCCCAGGAAAUUCAGUUUGGGAGAAAUGGUUAUAAAUCUCAAAGUCCUGGUUGGAGAUGAAGUGACUAUGACUAAUAAAAUUCUCCCAUCAUCUGCUGCUUCUUGGAAUUCAGAAAGAUUUACAGAGAAUAAGAAAAAGAAGUCGGUAAAUGCUUUAAGCAAUGCUAAUUCGAAUAAAGAAAAUAUUGAAGUUGUCGGUAAAAAGAAACAAAUAACUUUACGCCAACCAAAGCCAUACAAAGUGUCAACUCUUCAUAAACUUCCAGAAAAUCCUUUACUAAAUAAACGGAAAGUUAAAUCUGCUCCAAUACCGAAAACUUCUCUGCAUGUAGCAACGAAAUCUCGACCAGAGUCUUUGCCAUCUUCAAGCACAACGUCUUCUGAGCAAGAAAAGAGAUCUUCACUUUUUAACUUCCUUUCUGGAGCAUCAAUGUCACUUCAUGAUGAGAGAAAAUUUUUAACUCAACUAGCAACUCUUUCACCAUCUCAAAGCAUCAUCGAAUCGAUUGACAACGUCCAGUCAAAAGUGUCAAAACCAAAAUUCUUAGAUAAGAUUGAUUCAAUUAAAAUAACAAUAAGCAAUUUUGACUUAAACUCAGUUGGUAAACUGGAAGUUCAAGAUUUUAUUAACAAAGCUAUUGAUCAUAAAUUUGUCUUGAAAUGUGCGAUUACUUCAAAAAUCUUCAAAUCACAUCAAGAUAUUAAAAUCAUCUCAUCAGUUUUCGAAAGCGCGCCGCAAAGUAAGUGA